AUGGAGGUCGAAAUCGCCCCGUACGAGCCACGAAGCGUCCUCGAAACACUCCCAUGCACUUUACCCAUAUCGCAUUUUGACACGGACAUUGACUUUGAGAGCAUCGCCACUCCGAUUGUGCAGUCACUGGGAGACAUCACAACAGCAGCAGCGAAUCUCUCCCCAGCGUCAAUAUGGCGCGACGUGUUCGCCCUGACUGGCACCAUGCGGACGUUCUACUCGGCCGACUCUGUCGCGAAGGCCUGGUCAGAGACGUGUGCGUCCCGACAGGCGUGCGACUUUGCACCGAUCAAGGGAUCUGCAACACCGACGCGUCUGGACAAGGAUGUCGGAUGGCUGAAUGUUUCAUUCACAUUUCGCAAUCGCGCAAGCCCCGCUUCCUCCUGCAGAGGAAUCCUGUCCCUGGUGUCAGCGGACGACGGGGUCUGGAAAAUCUGGCUCAUCAGAACCAUCCUCGAGCAGUUGGAUGGCUGCGAGGACGUCGACCAUCUCCCAACUGUCCCGGAAAUGUCGGACCGCGUGAAUGGCAAUCAGCCACAGGCGAACGGCACCGACGGGAGCCGUGGCGCGAUGAACGGGGUCGAUAGUCACUUCGACUGUGUCGUCGUGGGAGCCGGUCAAGCCGGUCUCGGCACGGCAGGCCGGCUUCAAGCCCUGGGGAUCUCGUACGUGGUGCUGGACAAGAACGCCGUGGUCGGCGACAACUGGAUGACGCGAUACGAUUCCGCCAGGCUACACACCGCGCGCGAGUACAACCAUUUGCCCUUUGACCGGACGUUUCCACUCCCGUAUCAAGAAUUCCUGACCAAAUACGACCUGGCCAGGGGAUAUAAGGACUGGGUCGAGAAAUUCGGGAUCGACAAACACAUCUGGUUCAACACGACGCUGGAGUCCGGGUCGUGGGACGAAGGGCGCAGGACGUGGACGUUGCACGUCCGCCGCGCCGACGGUUCCACCCAGACCCUCACCUGCCGCAAUGUCAUCAUGGCCACGGGCGGAGGGGGACAGGUUCCCAUCAUGCCGCAAUACCCCGGCCGCGACGUCUUUCAGGGCACCGUCCUCCAUUCCGCGGACUACAAGUCGGCGGAGCGCUGGCGCGGCCAGGCCGGCAUCGUCGUCGGCACGGCGAACACGGCCCACGACGUCGCAGAGGACAUGGUCGAAGCGGGACUCUCGCAGAUCACCAUGGUGCAGCGGUCGCGCACGUACGUGCUGCCGUGCGAAUACUUCAAAGUCAUUUCGGACCGGUCAUACAACGCGGAUGUCCCCACGGUCGAUGCUGACCGAGAACAGUAUUCGCAGUCGCAGAUGCCGUAUGCGGUGACGAGGCUGUUGAGUCGCAAAGCCUUGCAUGGCAUGGCGGCCAAAGAGCCUGAACGGUUCGACGCCCUGGAGCGGGCGGGCUUUCGGGUCGAGAGAUACGGCGAUAUCAUGUGGCAUAUCUGUGAGAAGUUGGGCGGCCAUUACAUGGACGUGGGUUGUUCCGACCUGAUAGCAAAGGGCAAGAUCAAGAUGAAAUCCAACGCCCUGCCCACGCACUUCACGCGCACGGGCCUGGCCUUCAGCGACGGCACCGAGAUCCCCGCGGCGGUGGUGAUCCUGUGCACGGGCUUCGUGGGCAACAUGCGCAGCAGCGACGUGGCGCGCAUCUUCGGCGAGGACGUCGCGUCGCGCGCCGACGACUUCUGGGGCCUCGACCCCGAGGGCGAGCUCCGCGGCGUGUUCAGACGCAAUCGCCACCCGAACCUGUACUACGUGGGCGGGACGAUCGGGCAUGCCAGGUACUUCUCCCGCCAUGUGGCGUUGCAGGUCAAGGCGGAGUUGAUGGGCGAGCCGCUGCCGCUGUAUGAUGGGGAGAGGAGGCCCGAGAUGGGGGAGGGGUCGCGAGGAGUGUCGGUCGGUGGAGAGACGUGA